AAAAUGAAUGAAAAGGAAACUCAAACAAAUCCGAAAAGGAGCAAAAAGAAAAUGGAGGAUGAGCCAAUACCGACGAACGAUGUGAAAAUACAAACUACGCCACAUGAGAAACCGAACCCGGCGAAACCUGCCCUAGAGCAAAUUCAAAAGAUAUUUGAUUGUAAAUUCGAAAUAUUUGGGAUUGUGCAAGGUGUUUCAUUUCGAAUGUACACGAUGCGGAGGGCCGAGAAGCUAGGCGUGCGUGGCUGGUGUAUGAACACCCCACACAACACGGUCACGGGCCAAAUACAGGGCUAUGAAACAGCGUUUGAGGCCAUGCGUCUCUGGCUUGAACACACUGGUAGUCCGACGAGUCGGAUUGACAAGUGCAUUUUUGGUAUCACCAAUGAAGUGGACACCUUUACGUUUGAUUCUUUUACUAUUCGAAACGAAUGAAAUUUACAAUUGGACCAUUAAAAUGGCAUUCAAAAUAUGUUUUUGGGUUCCCGUGAAACUAUCGUGGUACCAUCGAGCAUAUCGAUGCGAUACCCAAGU